AGGUCCUGAUAGUUGUUGAUUCGCAUUAACAUAACGUAAAGCACCAGGGCGCUGCGUUUUGCAAUUCAGAUCAGUAUUAACUUAUGUAGAACGACUUCUUAUAACAAUUUAAUGUGGAGCUUCUACAAGAGCUGAAUUCAUGAUGACCAUGGCUACUAGCGCUGGACUUUACAUGCCCGGCACCCCUCCUUCCCUGAAUUCACCCCUCGGGGACCCGGUUCAUGGAAUGCAGUGUUCUGUGGGCCAGCAGCCCCAGUAUAUUCAUAGGACCGAUAUUCAGGAACUCAAAUACAUGCCUCCUCAGGUGCAAAAUGGACAUUUUAACGGUCACUGGGGCAUCCCAACCAGUGCGGAUUCUUGGAACACGGGGAUGCCUCAGUUACAUGAUAUGCGGGAUUUAAGAGACAAUUUUGUCCGGGACACCCGAGACAUUAAACCGGGUCAAGGCAAUGAAAUGGGCCAUCAAGUUACCCUUCAUCAUCGGGGUCCACAACAAAUCCACGCUCCUCACGGCUGGAAUACCCCCAUUCCCGGUACACACUUAAAUGGCGGUGGCCAGUUACAGCACCACGGGUACGGAGUCCCCCUCAACGGAAUGUUGUCCCCCCACCAACUCCCCCACGCCAUGAGGGACCCAGAUCACGACCUGGACCAACACACCCCCUCGGACGACGACGCCCCGUCAUCAGACGACCUAGAAGCCUUCGCUAAACAGUUCAAGCAGAGGAGGAUAAAAUUGGGAUUUACUCAAGCCGAUGUUGGACUCGCACUCGGAACCUUAUACGGUAAUGUUUUCAGUCAGACCACGAUUUGUCGUUUUGAAGCUCUUCAGUUAAGUUUUAAGAACAUGUGCAAGUUAAAGCCUCUACUACAAAAAUGGCUCGAGGAGGCAGAUUCCACCACUGGCUCAACCACAAGUAUAGACAAAAUCGCGGCCCAGGGCAGAAAACGGAAGAAGAGAACGAGCAUAGAAGUGACUGUGAAAGGUGCGCUAGAAAAUCACUUUAUGAAACAACCUAAACCUGCCGCGCAGGAAAUUUCUCAACUAGCAGAACAAUUACAACUGGAGAAAGAAGUGGUCCGGGUUUGGUUCUGUAACAGGCGACAAAAGGAGAAACGGAUGACUCCUCCCGGCCAGAUAGGUGCGAAUGGGGAGAUCAUCAUGCCUGAUAGUGAGGAUGGAAGUUCCCGGGCGGAUAGCCCUUUACAAUCACGGCCCAACGGUGCCAUGAAUGGCUCUGAACAUACCGGACUCAAUAUGGCAGUGUCCUCCUCACAGACUUUAAUGUCACCGAAUUAUCAUUCCGUAGGACAGUUACUGAACGCUCAUAACCCACAGUCAGGUGGACAUCCUCAUUAUAACACACAGAACCAUUCCCCGACGCACUGACUAGCAUUCUAACAUCCGUUGUUUGUUUGUUUUUGGUUUUUUUUAAUCUCCUCACGAUAUACCUUCUUCUGAAGCCACAAAAAUCUCGCCACCAAACCCCCCAUUCUUACUCGUCCUGCGAUCUCAACAACCUCUUCCUCCGGAAUUCUACACGGGGGUCUUCCGUUUGGAUGAAGAGACGGUCAAUGAAGAGGUACAUCUUCCUCCCCCUUCUCCGUCGACUGCGAUGGUAGCUUAAAUCGAUGAUGUCCACUGUUCUUGGGAGAAGAAGAAGACGAUGACGAAGAUGGCGAUAAUAAGCGCGUGAUGGUCUAUGCUUGAACAGGCCCCCGUCAGACGUUUGAUGUUUGAUGGCUGUUACUGCUGCGAUGUGCUACGAUAAACCCUGGUCAAGAGUGCAAAAAUAAUGAAGAAAAAAAAUGACCUGAUCAUGGAGAGAACAAAAUAUUUAUGCCAUAUAUGUGUUUGCGAUUGUUCGUGUUUUCAUAUUUAUAUGCGAAGCAGAAAGCAGAAUUUGAUUCUAACUUUUGUAUGUGUGUUUUUCCGUGUUGCUGAGUGAGUGUCUUUAAAUAUUCCUAUAUAUCCUUGUUUUUUUUGUUCGUUUCCGCGGAUUCCGAGAGAUAGAGAGAAGAAAAGAAUUCGUUCCUAUGGAUGGCAGUUUCUGUGUGCAUAAACUGGAUAAUUUGUCAAAAAGUGCCAAUUUUAUUAUUAACUUUCAACUUCUGUUGUUUUUCCCCAUUGGAUGGAAUGGACAAAACUUUAUCCAUCUUUUGUAACAAAGAUAAUAGGGUAAUUAUAAAAAUAUUUGUACUAUUCCAGUUCUGUGGGUUUAUCUUAUUUUAAUUUUUUUUUGUCUGAAUAAUGACAACACUAUUUUGAAGAUUUCUUCCUCUACUUUCACUUUUAGUUUUUCAAUAUCUCUUUUUACCCUGGCUUAAAAAAAAAUCCAAAUUUUUUUCAUAAAUAUUUGAGAAAAUCAUUUGGGCAGAAAUUAUAUCUGAUAUAUUUGUUCCGUGAACGAUGAAGAUUUCGUAUCGCCGUCUGUAUUUAACAGCAUUAAACAUUUACACAACAUUGCUUUGAGAGAAAAUUGGUUUUAAGAAGAAAAGUCAUGGUUUGCCGUCUGAGUAAUUCGCUGGGUAAAUAUUCACAAUGACUGGGAGAGGAGGGCAAUAUGAUUCUUCCCCACUCUCCCUUCUUAAACAAGCUGGUGUACUUGUUGAAUGAGAUAAAAAAUAUUUGCUUUUCUAAUAUAAACAGAGAUCUUCUUCAGCUAAGGCUCACUAAUUCGAUGAUGAUGGGGGAAAAAAACCCUCCUAACAUUAAUUUAUUUGUAUUUAUAAUAUAUGAUUUUAUUAUUUUUGAAAAAUCUUUGAUUUUUUUAAAAUUCAGUACAAUUUUUAUACAAUAUGAAAAAAAAAAUGUUUGUGAUGUGUUUUCCCUCCUUUGGCAUAAAGUUUACAUAGGGGGAAAAUGUGUAUCGUGUCUGAAAGACUCUAUAAUCGGUGUUCAAAGUGCAUUAUCAUGCUAGGCUAAUUUAAUGUUGAUAUUUGUAAAUUUGUGGCAAAUUAUGCGUGCAUUGGUGAUGCAGAUACGAACUAAUGAGGCAGAUAGGGUGGAAGAUUAAACUAUCACUGGGCUAGGGCGCGAAUAGCCCUCACACAGCAGACGACAUCGACGUCAUCUAAAAACAAAAUCAAUCUUUAUUUCUACCCCUACAAUGGCCCGUCAAUUAGAGCAAAACGUUGAUAAAAAUAAUAAUUUGUUUUCUGGGAAGAAUCUGACCUCUUAAUUUCUUAUGGAAUAUUUUUUUUCUUUCUUUCUUUCUCUUUUAUUUUCGCCUUGUUAUCACGAAGAGCCCGUAUGAGUGCAAGGGGACAAUUUUACACUGGAAUUUUGCCGAUGUUUUUAUUUGCCAUGAGAAUGUAUACUAUAUUGGAAUUUUUGCCAGUAUAAUAAAUAUUUUUUACAAAUGUGAGACAA